AUGUCCAGAGACAGCAUGACGGCCGUGCGAGCAGCCCACGGGGCGAGCACCAGCACCGCGGCGGCGUCGCCCAAAGAGAACGGCGGCCACGCCGCGGCGAGCCCGGCUCCGCCCGUCGCCCGCUUCCAUCGCCCCUCUGCGGGAAACACGCCCGGCGAUGACACCCAGGCGUCGGCCACCAGCGAGUUGACGCAGACGUGGGUGCAGUUCGCCAAGACCUUUGUGCUCAUUUUCCCGAUUUACGCACUGGGCUACUUUGAGUUCAGCUUCAGUUGGAUGCUUAUUGGACUCGUGGUUUAUUUCUGGUGGAGGAGAAACGCUGGAGGAAAGCGAAGCCGCCUGAGCCGAGCUUUGGCUUUAUUGGAGCAGGAGGAGAGGAGCGUCGCGACAGGUCUGAGCACCUCCGACCUACCGCCGUGGGUCCACUUUCCGGACGUGGAGCGAGUAGAGUGGCUAAACAAGACAGUGAAGCAGAUGUGGCCUUACAUCUGCAAAUACGUGGAGAAGCUGUUCCGUGACACGGUGGAGCCAGCCGUUAAGGAGUCCAAUGCCCACCUCAGCACCUUUCGCUUCAGUAAGAUCGACAUUGGAGACAAACCUCUGAGGGUCAACGGUGUCAAAGUUUACUCUGAGAACGUGGAUCGACGACAGAUCGUCAUGGACCUACAAAUCAGCUUUGUAGGCAACACAGAGAUUGACGUGGACAUCAAACGUUACUACUGCAAAGCCGGAAUCAAAAGCAUUCAGAUUCACGGCGUGUUGCGUGUGCUGAUGGAGCCGUUGCUGGGCGACGUGCCUCUCGUCGGAGCGCUUUCCCUAUUCUUCCUCAAGAAGCCUCUUCUCGAUAUCAACUGGACGGGCCUCACUAACAUACUGGACAUUCCCGGACUCACCGGCCUUUCUGACAGUCUGAUUCAAGAUAUCAUCUCCUCCUAUUUGGUCUUGCCCAACCGAAUAACCAUCCCGCUGGUUGGAGACGUGGAACUGGCCCAGCUUCGCUUUCCUAUGCCGAAGGGAGUGCUUCGGAUUCACUUCUUAGAAGCCCAGGAUCUGGAAGGGAAGGAUAAAUUCCUAGGCGGGCUCAUCAAGGGAAAGUCGGACCCUUACGGCAUUCUGCAGAUCGGCAAUCAACUCUUCCAGAGCAAAACCAUCAAGGAGAGCCUUCAUCCCAAAUGGAACGAAGUUUAUGAGGCUUUGGUUUACGAGCACACUGGUCAGCACCUCGAGAUCGAGUUGUUCGACGAGGAUCCCGACAAAGAUGAUUUCUUGGGAAGCCUGAUGAUCGACAUGACCGAGCUGCACAAAGAACAAAAAGUGGAUGAAUGGUUCGACCUGGAAGAGGCUCCGACCGGGAAACUCCACUUAAAACUGGAGUGGCUAUCUCUGCUGUCCACGACAGAGAAGUUGGAGCAGGUGCUGCGAAGCGUCCGAGCUGACAGGAGCCUGGCCAAUGACGGCCUGUCGUCGGCGCUCCUGGUCGUCUAUUUGGAUUCGGCGAAGAACCUGCCAAGCAUCUUCAGUGGCAGCUUAGGCUGCGGCAAUUUAAGCGAGAGACGAGCGUCUGGCCUGGUGUUUUGUGAGAGCAACAGCUCAGAUUAUCGCACCAUCGGCUCAGCAAAGAAGAGCAGCAGUGAGCCGAGUCCGUUUGUCCAAUUAACCAUCGGGCACAAGACUCAAGAGAGCAAGAUCCGCUACAAGACCAAGGAACCCUUGUGGGAAGAUUCCUUCUCAUUCCUGGUUCACAAUCCAAGGAGGCAGGAACUGGAGGUGGAGGUGAAAGACGACAAGACCAAGUGCACCUUGGGUAAUCUAACCGUGCCUCUGAGUGGCCUCUUGGACGAAGAGGACAUGACGCUGACGCAAUGCUUCCCGCUCAGAAACUCUGGUCCCAGCUCCAGCAUCAGAUUUAAAAUGGCCUUGCGGAUCCUAUCACUGGAAAAGCAAGGCUCCUCAGACCAGCCUUCCUCAGUCCGCGUCCGCAAGUCUAGUCUACCCCACCCGUCCGCCUCAACGAGAGCGUCCACCUCAGACUCGCCGCCCCCUCAUCCCCCCACCCCGCCACCACCUCCGCCCCAGCCCACGCACGCUUCUUCCCUCACGCUGCAUCACCGGGACGGUGAGCCAUACGCCGCAAGCCCUCUGCGCAGCGUCUCCAGCCUGUGCGUCGCCAUGUCGGCCUCCCAGAAGCACCUGGCUCACAAUGAGUCCACGCCCAGCUUGGCUUCAGACAUCUCGCUGCCCUUCGCCACCCUGGAGCUUCAGCAGAGGCUACGCCAGCUGCACAACGGCUCCACCCCCACUCAGUUUCCCUUGGGUGAGGUCCACCUGACAGUUCGGCAUAGCACCCAACGGAACAAGCUCAUCGUGGUGGUGCACGCCUGCCGAAAUUUGAUAGCUUUCUCCAAAGACACCUCGGACCCCUUCGUCCGUCUUUAUCUGCUGCCCGACAAAAGCCGCACUAGCCGGAGGAAGACGGGCACCGCGAAAAAGACCCUCAACCCUGUUUACGAUCAGACGUUUGAGUUUAGCGUCUCAACAGUGGAGCUCCAUAGAAGAACUCUGGAUGUCGCAGUAAAGAAUGGAGGGAACAUUUUGUCCAAACACAAAGGCCUUCUGGGAAAAGUGCUGGUUGAUUUAAGUGGAGAAGAUAUAGCAAAAGGAUGGACACAAUGGUAUGAGCUGAGCGAAGAUGGUUUUUCGUCGCCGAGGAGCAUCCAAGACUCAUUUACAUAG